UCUUUGGUGGUCGCCUGUCGGCGCAUGCGUAGGGAGCCUGUGAACCGGGAUUGUGAGCUGACGGGAAAGAGCCACAGGGUACACAUAAAGAGGUACAUGGGGCUCGCCAGUCGCGGAGGAUGUGUUUACUAGGUCAGCUAUCAGUUUCCACAACAUACAAAGGACACCAAAGCAUUCUGUUACCAAGCCUGUUAGCACUUCAUGUCGUCUUGGUUUCCCAUGCUAACAGUUUUGAGUAUGUUUUACUAUAUCUGCCUCCGGCGCCGGGCCCGGCUAGCUAGUAGAGGAGAAAUGAUUAACAGUCGUAGAGCCAUUAAGUCAAAUAUCCGUGCUUUGCCAAUGUCCACUAAAGCAGUACAAUAUGCCAAAGAAGUGCUUGAUUUCAGUUCCCAUUAUGGCAGUGAAAACAGCAUGUCUUACACUAUGUGGAAUUUAGCAGGCACUCCUAAUGUGUAUCCAAGUUCUGGUGAUUUCACCCAAACAGCAGUGUUUCGAACUUAUGGAAAGUGGUGGGAUCAAUGCCCUAGUGCGCCACCUCAAUUCAAGAGGACAUCUCCAAGCUUCCUCAGCCAGGAUUAUGUAGAGCUUGCUUUUGAGGAACCAGUUUAUCCUACAGCUAUACACAUCCUAGAAACAUAUCACCCUGGAUCAGUAGUGAAGAUUUUGGCAUGUUCUGCAAAUCCAUACUCUCAAAGUACUCCUGCAGAAGUAAGGUGGGAAACUAUUUGGUCUGCGGAGCCCACAUGUGGGAGUUCUCCUCAAGCUCGCCAGUUCAAGCCAUGCAUCAAGGAAAUAAAUUUUCCAACAAACCUUCUCCGUCUGGAGACCAACAGUUCACUUUUGGAUUAUUACACCGAGCUGGAUGCGGUGGAGUUACAUGGUGUCAAAGAGAAGCCAAUGCUUUCUCUGAAAACCACCACCAUGGAUAUGAAUGAUUUGGAUGAAGAUGAAUAUGAUGAUAAGGAUAGCUGUGGUAUCGACUGCCUUACAAAUCAGUUCAGUAGCUCUAGUCUUAAAGAAUGGACAAAUAAUGGCUAUUUUGACAAACUGCCUUAUGAGCUAAUUCAGUUAAUCAUAAGUCACCUGGCGCUUCCAGACCUGUGUCGGCUCGCUCAGACAUGCAAGCUGUUGUAUCAGCACUGCUGUGAUCCUCUGCAGUACAUUCACCUCAGUUUACAGCCUUAUUGGGCCACUCUGAACGACACAUCCCUGGAGUAUCUUCUACCAAGAUGUACUCUUGUCCAGUGGUUGAAUUUAUCGUGGACCGGUAAUCGAGGGUUUAUCUCUACCUCAGGAUUCAGCAGGCUUUUAAGAGUGUGUGGUUCAGAACUUGUGCGUCUGGAGUUGGCCUGUGGCCAUUUCUUAAAUGAAGCAUGCCUGGAAGUCAUUGCUGAGAUGUGUCCAAACCUUCAGGAACUAAAUCUCUCUUCUUGUGAUAAACUGCCAUCUCAUGCGUUCAGCCAUAUUUCUAAACUCUCUGGAUUAAAACGUCUCCUUCUCUAUCGCACAAAAAUAGAGCAAACAGCACUGCUUAGCAUACUUAACUUCUGCCCAGAAAUACAACACCUCAACCUAGGGAGCUGUGUUUUGAUUGAAGAUUAUGACCUAGUAGCUUCUGUUUUAGGAGCCAAGUGCAAAAAACUACGAUCUCUGGACUUGUGGCGGUGUAGAAACAUUAGUGAAAGGGGGAUAGGAGAAUUGGUUUCUGGCUGCCAUCUUCUUGAAGAACUUGAUCUCGGAUGGUGUCCUACACUACAGAGUAGUACUGGAUGCUUUGUAAAUCUUGCUAGGAAACUUCCAGGCCUGCGAAAGCUUUUCCUUACUGCUAACAGGUCUGUCUGCGACACAGACAUCGAAGAAUUAGCUGCUUAUUGCCAGCAACUUCAACAUCUUGAUAUUUUAGGAACAAGAAUGGUGAGCCCCGCAGCCUUACGGAAGUUACUAGAGUCUUGUAAAGGGCUUUCUUUGCUAGACGUUUCCUUCUGUUCACAAAUCGACAGCCGAGUCGUCCAAGAACUUUCUUCAAGAUUCCCACAUGUAUGCAUCAAAAAGAGUUUCACUCAGUGAAUUAAAUUGCUGUAGUGGACUCUUUUUCUACAGGAAAGCUUGGGAUCUUUUUCUCCUUUUAUGAUAGAUACAAUGUUCUUCCACUU